UUCCCGCCAAAAACCUUCCUCCGCUCCAUAACCACGUUUGACGUCUCCUAGUCCCUGAAAUUUUCUUCUCGCUCCCUCUGCAACUUACGUCUAAACAAAAUCAAUCUCUUCCAAUGGCCAACAAGCUCCUGAUAUCCUCUUUCUUCUUCCUCUCGCUCUUCUCCGUCUCCUCCUCUAUUUCCAUUGAAACCCUCCUCGAAGCCUCCGACAUUCUCUCGAAUUCCGGCUACAUUUCUAUGUCUCUUACUCUGCAACUCGUAUCCAGCUCUAUGAUACCCCACUCUCCAUCUCUCACCAUCUUCGCUCCUUCUGAUUCCGCCUUUGCUCGGUCAGGCCAGCCCUCUCUUUCCCUCCUCCUUUUCCAUUUUAGCCCUCUCCCUUUCCACCUUAGGUCCCUCAAAUUCUUCGGUUCUGGCUCCAAGAUCCCCACUCUCUUUGCCAAUCACACGCUCAUCGUCACUUCUGGGCCAUCUGAUGGCGAGGGUAUUUUUUUAAAUGGCGUAAUGAUUAAUGGCUCGCCGAUAUAUGACUAUGAGUCAUUGGUUAUUCUUGGGAUUGACAAGUUUCUGGAUCCAGAUUUUGAGGUUUCGAGGCAAAGUCAAGGAACUGGCAGUAAUCUUGGAUGUUCUUUCGAGGCCGGCGGUAGUUUUUAUUCGUUUAGAGAGGCUACUGAGGUUUUGAGAUUAAAUGGAUACUCUGUUAUUGCCUCUUUUCUUGAUUUGCAGUUAUUGGGGUUUAAGGACCGGCCAAGCCUAACAAUCUUUGCUCCAGUUGAUGAAGUGAUGAAGGGUUUUGUGGGUAAUGUGGAUGGCUACUCUUCAAUCUUUCUCAGGCAUGUUGUGCCCUGCAAGAUUCUGUGGAAGGAUUUGGUCACUGUCGAUGAUGGGGUGGUGUUUGAUACAUAUUUGGAAGGGUUCCAAAUUCGUAUAAGCAGAUCUGGUGAUAUUUUGAUGCUAAAUGAAGUCCCUGUCAGCUUUCCAGAUAUGUAUGAGAAUGACUGGCUUGUUGUUCAUGGCGUUCGCGGGAUAUACUAGAGGGACGAAACAGGCCAGAAGAAGUGAGAAGAUCUUCUUUGCAGAUGGGUGACAAAGAAGAAAUGAGAAUCUUGAAUGAUGAUGAAUUUUAAAGUUUUCUGGUAAAAUUUCAGCUCUUUGUUUAAGACACGUACUCUAGAAUGUCUUCAGAAACAUCAAUAAUGUUAGUCGUCUCCUUGGCUGAAA